AUGACUUCAAGAUCUCCACUAUCACUUGCUAGUUUGAUGAAUGAUCCAUCGCCUCCACCACCGCCAGUUACUUCCCCACAACAACAAAUACCUUUAGAGCACCACAAUCACAUUCACCUCGAACAAAAUAAUAACAAUAUUUAUUCGUUACAACAACAACAACCUCAACAACAAUAUAUAAUGCUACAACAACAACAACAACAUCCAGCAACACCUCAACAGCAACAUCACCUCCAUCAUGCUUCUCCAAUUCCACCUCAUAUACAACAACAACAACAACAACAAGUGCAAAGUUCAACCCCCAAAAAAACUCAGUUGUCCACUUCUUCCCCAGAAGGUAUACAGGUUGCCUCCAAGAUAACAUCCACUCGUUUGGCCAAUUUAUUGAUUAGAAAAGGUCCAUUACCAAUACGUCACAUUACUGCUCAGUUGGCUAUUGAAGUACCUUCGUUUGAUUUGUUAUCUUUGUCUAAACAAAGAAGAUUAAUCAUGGCUGCAAUGGAUCAACCCGAUUCUGUCAACAACGUGGUGUUUGAAAAAAUAGGUUGGGGACAAUGGGCGGUCCGUAAAAUUGAUUCUGAUUUUAUUGUUACUGAAGGUACUGAAGCUGCAGGAAGUGGUAAUACCGCCAAUGGUAACAACAACAACACCAACAACUACCAUCACAACAAUGUCAAUGGAAAUUCUAAUGGUGCUGGUUCUAACUCCUUAAAUAAUGGUCACGCAAAUGAAAAGUUAAUCAAUGUGAAUGAUUUGCGUAAUCAACUGAAUAUCAAAUUAGGAUGGUCAAAAAAGAAGAAAGCUCCUACUAUGUCAAGUUCAAGAAGAGAAUCCAUUACUAAUCAUGCCAAGUCCUUACAUAAUCUUAAGUUACCAAAUGAAAAGAUUGAUAAUGUUUUGGCUUCUGAGGGUGAUUCAGAUGAUGAUGACGAAGAAGAGGAAGAUGAUUACGCAUUAUCUGAUACAGAAUCAUCUGAAGAUGGUUUAUUUUCUUUUGAUGAAAAACAACAAGACGAACAAUUGCUUCUUUCUCAACUGGUUCCACAAUCUCAUAGAAAUAGCAAUGGCAGUCAACACCGUCGUCGUCCAAGUUUGAGCCAAAGACAUUCCAUGAGCUCUGGAACUCCACCUCCACCUAUCAAAUUUGCUAGAAGAGUGCCACUUAAAACUAGUCCUCCACCUCAAGAUGGAACUACAAGAAGAAGAAGAUCAUCCUCCUCGGCACCAAAUUCAAUCACUAAACCAUAUAGACAACAUAUGUUUAAUCGUUCAAGGUUGAAUUCGUUAGAAAAUUUAGAUAAUUACAUUGUGUCUUCUGCUAAAAAUUCCAGUGUUCUGAUAAAUUCCCCACCACCGGCAAUAUCAUUCAGUUCAUCACCAGCUACUUCGACUACUUAUGAAGACCACCAAAGAAGAAAAUCAUCAUUCAAUGAAUCUCAUGUGAGAUCUACAUUGUCAAAUGUCAAAUCAAGUUCUGAUGAAACAGAUGAUGAAGAUUGGGCAGCAAUUGGACCUGAAUCUCUUCGAAAGAGAAAAGGCAGUAUCCCAGCUGCUUUAAGAGAUGAUAUUGAUUCCAGUGGGGUUAAUGAAGAAGAGAAAUCCGCUGCUUUUGCAUUAGUUGAUCUAAUGUCUGUAUAA